UCGUAAGCGCAUCAUGGGUUACUCCGUGGCGCUCUAGGUUACGGAGUGGGUGAAAUCUUGUGUCUUUAGAUUGGUACGUGAUAAAGCUCGGUGAAAUCUUGUGUCUUUAGAUUGGGUCUCCAGUUGCCCAGUGACAUCACUCAAAGCCCCGCAUGACGUCAUGGAAGGUGGGAGGAGCCAGUCCACCGGCCUUCUGGCUGUGGUCGCUGUGGCUUCAAUAAUCAGUCUGAACAAAAUUUCAGUGGAAGGAUCAUCAAGUAUUCCGGAUGUGAAUUUUGUCUACGAUAUGACGAAAUUUCCAAGCUAUACCAAAGCUUUUUGUAUCACUGGAGAUGAUACAUCGAGGCUUACUGGGAGCACUAUACCAAACUACGAUAACCCUACAGUGAAAGAAUCCCCAGAGAAGAACAGAAUAGACUUCACACUGGACAGUGACAUGAGGUUGAUCAGUCGAGUACUGGUGUGUGCAGACGAAGCCGGCAACAAUGUAACAGUUCCAGUCAUGAGUGAUUUAGCGGUCUACACUCCCCAGCGGAUUGCUGUGACCGUCAGCCAGGGGCAAGAAGGUGCGCCUGAGAUUGGAGACCAAUAUUGACAAUGACUACGUGUGUUGGCAGAAAGAACCCUAUCAGCGUGGAAAGUGGGACAAAGCAGGUG